CUAAACUACCUCAUUCUUGCCCACUCCUCACGGCCUAAACGAAUUAUGAAACAGCAGAUCACUAAGGAACACACAUUUGCCUUAACAGAAGAAUACAGUGUAUUUCUGUAAUGGUGAAAAAUGCCGAGAAGAGGCUUCUUAGCUGUUCGGACUGCGAAUAUAAGACGUACAAGACGAGUAAUUGGAAGAACCACAUGAUGACUCACACGGGCGAGAAGCCGUUCUCAUGCCCCGACUGUCCGUACAGGUGUUCGCGUGCCGGCAACCUCAAGACGCACAUGCUCAUACACACGGGCGAAAAGCCGUUCCGAUGCGCCCUGUGUGGAUUCAGGACUUCGGACGGAAGCACAAUGAAACGCCAUACGAAAAGACACACGGGUGAAAGGCCAUACGCGUGCCCUUACUGCGAACACGCCUGUUCAAGGGCCGGAAGCCUCAAACGCCAUCUUCUCACGCACAGCGGGACCGUCGAAGGUCUCGCAGACGAGCAGACUCAGCAUACCAAAGAAGGUGAGGUCAUAUACGCCAUCAUACAAAUCAUACAAGAGUAAUUUUCGUUCCACUUAAACAAUAUUAUAAAUGAAUAUCUUUUAACAAAAAUUCCAAGCUAAUUGUUAAUGAAUAAAAACUAA